AUGCGCGGCUUUCAAGUCGUCCUUUUCGCCUUUGUGGCACUAUUUGCAACUGUUUUUGCUAUUCCAGUAGAGGAGGACCUUCAUGAGCGCAACUAUUAUAUGCAACCUGAAAUUCACACCGUAAUCAAAUAUAAGACUAGGACCACGACAAAGUGGGCAACCAAGUACAAGACAUUGGUCAAGACACAAUCUCACUGCACAAAGACACUCUCUCGCACCACCACCAAGUAUGCAAAGACUCUCACCAAGUAUUAUACCAAGACCGUUAAGUCUGUCUCUGUCUCUACAACUUGCACAACCAAGACCAAGACUAUCAACCAUACAAGCACCAAGACUGUCGGUCCCACCAAGACCCUCACCGUGACCAAGAACUCGGUUUCAACCAAGUCGGUCACUGUCACCAAGCCUGCUGUGACAAGCACUGUCAUUAGCACCGUCUAUGGCGGCGGCCUUGCCACUAUCACCGAGACUGUCACCCUUGGAGGAGAGGCUGUCACUUAUACCGUUACCGAAAAUGGUCAAGCUUCUACCGAGACUGUAACUGUCGGAGGAGGUGAAGUUGUUACUGUCACCGAGGGCGCUCCAGCUGUCACUGAGACCGUAACCGGGGAGGCCAGCACUGUUUAUAUCGAGCCAAGUGUAUGCGGAACCACCACUGAGGAACCAUCAGUAGAACCUACACCGGAACCUACUUGUGGUGGAGACGACCAAGAAGCCUGCCCAACUACUGAGCCUACCGGCGAACCUACCACUGAGCCUACAGCCGAGCCUACAACUGAACCCACCGUAGAGCCCACACCUGAGCCAACCACCAGCCCUUGCGGUGGCUAUGAACAAGAAGCCUGCCCAACUACCGAGCCUACAGUUGAACCCACACCUGAGCCCACAACCAGCCCAUGUGGUGGAUAUGAGCAAGAGGCUUGCCCAACCACCGAGCCUACAGGAGAGCCAACCACUGAACCCACAGUUGAACCUACACCAGAGCCUACAUGUGGAGGAUAUGAACAAGAAGCCUGCCCAACUGCUGAGCCAACUACUGAACCCACAGUUGAACCCACACCAGAGCCUACAUGUGGUGGAUAUGAGCAAGAGGCUUGCCCAACCACUGAACCUACCGUUGAACCUACACCUGAACCCACACCGGAGCCUACAUGUGGCGGAUAUCAACAAGAAGCCUGCCCAACCACUGAACCCACUGCCGAACCUACUACCGAACCUACAGUAGAGCCAACACCCGAGCCAACCACUAUCCCAUGUGGUGGAUAUGAACAAGAGGCUUGCCCAACCACCGAACCCACAGGUGAACCAACUACUGAGCCCACAGUUGAACCUACACCAGAGCCUACCUGUGGCGGAUAUCAACAAGAAGCCUGCCCAACUGCUGAGCCAACUACUGAACCCACAGUUGAACCUACACCAGAGCCUACAUGUGGAGGAUAUGAACAAGAAGCCUGCCCAACAGCCGAGCCCACAACCGAGCCCACCGUAGAGCCCACUCCAGAGCCUACAUGUGGCGGGUAUGAACAAGAGGCCUGCCCAACUGCUGAGCCAACUACUGAACCCACAGUUGAACCCACACCAGAGCCUACAUGUGGAGGAUAUGAACAAGAGGCCUGCCCAACUGCUGAGCCAACCACUGAACCCACUGCUGAACCCACACCAGAGCCUACAUGUGGCGGAUAUCAACAAGAAGCCUGCCCAACAGCCGAGCCUACCGUAGAGCCUACUCCAGAGCCCACAACCACUGAGCCCCCAGCUCCAACCAACACUUGUGGCUACACUGGAACCGAGGAAUGCCCAUCCGGCCCACAGCCAACUCUCCACCCCGGCAAUGACGAGUGGGUCGUCGUUGGAUGUUACACCGAACCCGGAUAUGGCGCAAACGUCUUGCCAGCUCACAAGCACGAAGUCCAAGACUUGACCGUUGAGAAGUGUUUCGCCCGCUGCCACGAGAAGGGUUACCUCUUCGCUGGUGUUGAAAACGGAACUGAAUGUUGGUGUGACAACAAGCUCGCCGAACACGGUGGUGCUUUGACUUCUCCUGAGGUCUGCAAGGCUAAGGCCUGCGGUGGUGAUUCCACAUCGUACUGCGGUGGAGAGGAAGUCAUCUACGUCUACAAGCACGAGUGCAAGGAAGAUACCCCAGCCCCAACCACAACCACAGCCCCCCCACCGGGCCCUACAUACUAA